AUGGCUGAUAAUACAGUUAUUAAACCCACUGCUACUGCUCCUGCCAUUGACACUUCCAACUGGCCACUUCUCUUGAAGAAUUAUGAUCAAUUAAAUGUUCGUACUGGUCAUUAUACACCCAUCCCUAGCGGUUGUUCACCUUUGAAGCGUCCACUUGAUGAUUAUGUUCGCUAUGGUGUUAUCAAUCUCGAUAAGCCUGCUAAUCCUUCUUCUCAUGAAGUUGUCGCCUGGAUUAAGCGUAUCCUUCGUGUUGAAAAGACAGGCCACAGUGGUACUUUGGAUCCUAAGGUUACUGGUGGUUUGAUUGUUUGUAUUGAUAGAGCUACUCGUUUGGUCAAAUCACAACAAGGUGCUGGUAAGGAAUACGUCUGCAUCCUCAGACUUCAUGAUUCUAUUGAAAGUGAAAAGAAAUUAUCUCAAGCUAUUGAAACUUUGACCGGUGCUCUCUUCCAACGUCCUCCUCUCAUUUCUGCUGUCAAACGUCAAUUGCGUGUUCGUACAAUUCAUGAAAGUAAAUUACUUGAAUUUGACAAUGAUCGUCAUCUUGCCGUCUUUUGGGCUUCUUGUGAAGCUGGUACCUAUAUGCGUACUCUUUGUGUUCACUUGGGUCUUUUACUCGGUGUAGGUGGACACAUGCAAGAACUUCGUCGUGUUCGCUCUGGUACUACUUCAGAAAAUGAUGAUAUCGUUACUAUGCAUGAUGUUUUGGAUGCACAAUGGUUAUAUGACAAUACAAAGGAUGAAAGUUAUCUUCGUCGUGUUAUUCGUCCUUUGGAAUCCCUCUUGACCAACUAUAAGCGUGUUGUUGUAAAAGAUAGUGCUGUGAAUGCUAUCUGUUAUGGUGCUAAACUCAUGUUGCCUGGUCUCUUGCGUUUCGAAAGUGGUAUUGAAGUAAAUGAUGAGAUUGUAUUGAUGACUACAAAGGGUGAAGCUAUUGCUUUGGCCUAUGCACAAAUGACAACAGCUGUCAUGGCUACCUGUGAUCACGGUGUUGUUGCCAAGGUGAAGCGUGUUAUCAUGGAACGUGAUACUUAUCCUCGUCGAUGGGGUAUGGGUCCCGUUGCAUUGGCCAAGAAGAAGCUCAAGACUGAAGGUAAACUUGAUAAAUAUGGCCGUAUUACGGAUGAAACACCUGAAAGUUGGAAGAAUGUUUAUGUUGAUUAUUCAAAUAAUCCUGAUGGUAAGGAACCUGCUCCUGUCUUUGGUACCUCAUCUGAACAAGUUGCUGCUGCUGCUGGUCUUAAGCCAAAGAUUACUGUUCUUGAUGUAGCUAUGAAGGACGCUACUGAGGCUACUACUGCUGCUACUACCACUACUACUACUGCAGGUGUUAAGCGUCCUGCUGAAGAUUCUGUAGAAGAAUCUGAAAGCAAGAAGGCCAAGAAGGAAAAGAAGGAAAAGAAAGAAAAGAAAGAGAAAAAAGAAAAGAAGGAAAAGAAAGAAAAGAAGAAUAAAGAUUAA